UUGGAUUAGCCGGGGAGCAUCUGCCUUUAGUCGGCCGGCAAACACUUUGAGAGGUGCACCUCAUGCGCUCGCCUUCAUGGUGCCACUUCAUCGCUUCAGGUUCUAAAGGAUGAAGCAUGUGAAAAUCGCUCAAUUGCCGUUGAUCUUUGCUUUCUUGCACGUCUGCUUGGCACAGGCAGACUUCGCCCCGAAUUUCUUCGACAAUGGACCGUAUAGCGGCAACGGCAACAUGGCGCUCUUCAGCCUCUCGGAGGACACGCCUGUCGGUACACAAAUUUAUUGCCUUAACGGCACCGACCCUGAGGGCCAGGAGGUGAGCUACGGCGUUUCCUUUGACCCAGGUUUCAAGGAGUACUUCACUGUUAACCCCAAAACGGGAAAUAUUACCUUAGUGCAAAAGCUGGAUCGAGAGAAAGAGGAUUCCUUUGAUGUAAUGGUGAGCAUCACUGACGGGAGAAGCAAGGUUGUGGAACGAGUGACAAUAUUUGUGAUGGACACAAAUGACGAGAAACCCGAAUUCCAAAACAUGCCGGCCAUCAUUGACGUCCUUGAGACCACAGAGUCCGGACACAGCAUCUUCAAAGCGGAGGCUUUGGACAAAGACACGGGUUCGGGGGGAUCGGUCACCUAUUACCUCCUGAACACUCAGUCCACUUUAUUUGCCAUUGACAGACACAGCGGAGUCAUUCGCAUCAAGCGUGAGGAAACGCUGGACUACGAGAAAACAAAGACGCAUUUUGUCAUUGUGGUCGCAAAGGAUGGUGGAGGCACUUUCAACGGCAAAGAGCAGUUUUUGUCGUCCUCUGCUACCCUGACAAUUAACGUAAUAGACGCACAAGACACGCCGCCGUCGUUUAUCGGGACACCUUACUUCGGCUACGUGUAUGAAGUUUCACUGCCUGGGUCUGAAAUAUUCACUGUUGCAGCCAAAGACGGCGAUGUGGGAAAUCCAAAUCCAAUUCGUUAUUCGUUUGAAGAAGGUGACGAUGGAGUUUUUAGCAUCAACGAGACCACUGGUCGGAUCACCCUGCUCUCAAGUCCCAUGUUUCUAAAGCGAGAAAUCUUUAACAUUAAAGUCAAAGCAUCUGAAAUAAGUCCUAACGGCCGUCUACUGGACUACGGCGAGACCACAGUGAUGAUCCGCGUGGUUGACCUGAACAACAAUCCGCCGACUUUCUACGGCGAAAACGGCACCCAAAGCACGUUUGAGCUGACCAUGUACGAGCAUCCCCCAGAAGGGGAGAUACUGCGGGGGCUUAAAAUCGCAGUCAACGACUCCGAUCAGGGGGCCAAUGCAAAAUUCAACUUGAGGCUCAUUGGGCCUGGAAGAAUGCUGCGGGUGGUCCCACAGACAGUACUGAACGAGGCCCAAGUCACAAUUCUUGUGGAGGACUCGGCAGCCAUGGAUUACGAGAAGCAUCACUUCCUCACGUACAAGCUACUUGCCGUUGAGAUCGAUACGCCGGAGAGGUUCAGCUCCACGGCCGACAUCAUCAUCCAUCUCCUGGACACUAAUGACAACGCGCCGAAAUUCUCCUCCGACUACUACAUCGCCAGAAUUCCGGAGAAUUCACCUGGCGGCUCGAACGUUGUGUCCGUCCUGGCAAUAGACCCGGACUCAGGACCAUGGGGUGACGUGGCAUAUUCUGUCUAUGGGUCUGGGGCUGACUUGUUCUUGAUCCAGCCGUCCACCGGGAUCAUCUACACACAACCAUGGGCCAGCCUGGAUGCAGAGGUGCGGUCCAAGUACAACUUUUACGUCAAGGCAGAGGACUCGGAGGGCAGGUACAGCCUGGCUGAGGUGUUCGUCACCGUGUUGGACCUGAACGACCACCCGCCUGCUUUCAAUGAUAACUUCCUGGAGAAGACCAUGGUGAUUGGUGCACCAGUCAAAAUAGAGGCUGUCGACGACGAUGCGGAGAUACCCAACAACGUGAUCGAGUACGCCAUCAUGAAAGCCGAGCCCGACAACAACAUCUUUGACAUCGACGCCGACACCGGCGAGAUCAACCUCAAGUCGUACAUCAAGUCCAUGGCCAUCAUUAAGAACAUCACCAACCAGAGGGACUUCACCUGGUCGCUGGUGGUGCAGGCCCGCGACCGAGGCCAGCCGUCGUUCAGCACCACCGCCGUGGUCAAGAUCGACAUCACCGAAGCAACCCAACUCAAAGGGGGGCCUUUGGGAUCAUUUUUAAUGCACAAUAAAAACAAGCCCUUGCAAAUCGUAGGCGGGCUCGCAUGCGUCAUUAGCUUAAUGGUCACGGUCACGGUGUUCGUCUCCACCGUCACCUUCGUACGUAACAAGAAAUCCAACCGGGUCCUGCCCAACCGCCGCGUGAGGAGGAGACCGCGCAACCAGCACGCGUGGACCUUCAAGAACCCCUUCAGGAGAGCGGAGAACCCCGAGGAGAAGUUCCAGGCGGAGGAGGAAGAUCAGGACGCCAGGAACGUGGCGGAAAACCUCAACCACAACAACAACGUGGGCAACGUGGUCCGGCACUGGCCCCCGCCUCCGCCGCCGCCUAGCGCCCCUUGGCUCCCGCCUCCUCCGCCGCCGCCCUGCGUCCCGGCGGAGAGGAAGUGGGUGGUGCCCACCGUCUCGGCCGCCGUGGCGGCACGGCCCAAGAAGAAGUCGACAACGCAGGACACGGUCAACAAGGCGCUGGUGUCAGAACUCAAAAUGAGACUGGAGCAGAAGAGGAUACGCAAUCACUUAUAGUGCUGUGUGCGCAUGAAUGUGGACGUGUAUGCGGGCGUGCGGGCGUGUGUGUCUAUAUGCAGUACUUUGCAAAAGUCUUAGGCCACCGCAAGCUUUGUUGUUUUGUUCAUUGCUAUUUAUCACACAUUAUUUGAGUUUCUUCUUAACCUUCAAGUUUCAAGCAAGUUCCAAUUGCAAAAAGCAAGGAAGUCAAAAAGCAAGGGAGUCGGCCAUUUUGCAACGCUACUCCAAUGCAAAUUGGCAAAACCAUGGGCGAGGGCCUUAUGCUAAGACUUCAAAUCAUGUAGAUCCAGUUUAAGUCAAGCCGAGUCUCAUGAAUACCAAGUCAAAGUCAUUUCCAGUCUUUUGUAACUUUUAGCCAAGAAAGUCCCAAAGACCUAAAAUUGACAACUUAAGUUUGACUCUUCGGGUCAUGUGACUCGAGUCCACCACGUCUGAUUUUCAUGUGACGGGAGAAUCUCCCGGAAUAUUCUGGCCUCCUGUUUCCAUGCCAGUGUCCAAUUGUUAGUCACUAACAUGCACGUUAGAUUCAGUUCAAUGGCCUAUUGGUGUCAAUGGCCUUGCGACCAGUCCAGGAUGUAGACAGCCCCUCGCCCGAAGUCAGCUGAGAAAGUCUGCAGAUCAUCUAGGAUCCUAAUCAGAGCAACUAGUAAAGAAAAUGAAUGUAUUUUUGUCAAAUUUGCAGAUGUCUUUUUUCUUAUACCGUUUUGUCGCGCUCAUCAUAGAAAAUGAAUGGUUUACAACAGUAAACACUCAGAUGCAUACAGUACAGUUAGCACUCAAAAUACAAAAUCAAUGGAAUUUUCUAGACGGGCGGUGUGUGGGCUGAGAUAAAAACUGUAAAAUCUUGGUCAGAUUGUGAAUAAAAGUGCCGACACAGGGAUUGUCCUCUGCCAUUUGAGUCGCCAUAACAUCAACGAAACCAGCCAUCUAUGUGCUGUCCUCCAUGAACCAGGAAAUUCUGGAAGUUUGAACUAUCUUUCCACUUUCCAGAGCACUUGUCCACGUUAGCGUCACGGAUGAGCUUAUCCCAGAUGACGUUUGCCGAGCGCUGGGGUACACCCUGGACAAUUUAGUCUUCAAUUAACCUAACAUGCAUGUUUUUGGAAUUAAACCAGCACAAGCAUGGGGAGGAUCCGCCAACCUCAAAGCUUUGAACCGCGAACUGUGAAGCAGACGUGGUAACCACGUCUGCCAGGAAGUACAUUUUUAUAGCAUACACACUUCUCAACACUACAACUCCAGUAGUGUUCUAAGACUUUGCACAGUUUGCCUGGUUGUACAAUAUGAGUGGCCAUUUUUCCAGCCUCCAAACCUUUGUUACUUGUACGUUGUGUGUAAAAGUCUCUUUUGUCAAGGAUUGAAGGCACAUUGAGACAAGACUGCAUAUUUGGAUUCCAACCAAUCUCCUUUACGGGGAGAUUUCACUUGACACCAGUGCUGGCUAAGGAGAUCAGCCUGAGCUGGUCCAAAGGAAGGAAACCACAGUGAUCCGGUUAAGACCACUUUUAAUCCCAAAUACUCACCGGUACACAACACAGUUCUGCAAACUGUCUGUUUCUUCUCAUUUAAACAUGAUACCUAAUAUUCCUGAAAUUGACUGUGUUAUUUCUGUUUUUCGUUGUAUUUUUGCCAGUAAAGUUGUCCUCAAAAGG